CGCACGGCCGGAGCUUCGCGUCUGCUUCCUGCGACAUGCGCAUCGUGAUCCGGCAACCAAUUCCACACGGCUAAACAAUUAACCACCACGCCAUCACCCGUCACGUAAUCAGUUUUCGGCUUUAAUUUCCAUCCCCUUCUUCUCCCCGGCAGACAGGAAGCGCGUGCGCCAGGCGAAGAAGUCCUGGUACUCGUUCUUCACAGACGGAAGAGGAGAAGGAGAAGGUGGUGGUGGCAAUUGAAGCGACCGGGUCCUCAUUUUUUACCUCUUCUUCCUUCCUUCCAGGUCUACUGCUUACUGUUAUAUAGCCGCUGUCAAGUUAUCCUCCUCCCCCUCGUUCUUGCCCAAUCUCCAGGCCCUGCCAUCCCAGCUCUACGGCGCCCCAAUCCUCCGCAGGUCCCAAGAAUCGAUCUUGCUUCGGCACUUCGGCCCCAAGAAUUUCGCCAUGAGCGGCGCCAGGUCCUACUUCACAUCCAAGAAGAAGGCCGCCGCCACCAGCAACGGCGCCUCCUCCCGGAACCCCUUCGACUCGGACUCGGACGACGGCGGGGCGACGCAGCAGAGGCCGCCGGCGCGGGCCUCCUCCGCGCCCAUCCCGGCCGCCGACCAGCGGGGCGCCCUCUUCGCCGGCGGCGCCGAGGAGAGGACCGGGCCCUCCUCGGGGUUCGCCUCCUCCUCCUCGGCGGCCGCCAGGAGCCGCUACAGGAACGACUUCCGCGACUCCGGCGGCGUGGACGGCCAGUCCGUGCAGGAGCUCGAGGGCUACGCGGCCUACAAGGCCGAGGAGACCACGCAGCGGGUCGACGGCUGCCUCAGGAUCGCCGAGGAGAUGCGGGAGACCGCGUCCAAGACCCUCUUCACCGUCCACCAGCAGGGCCAGCAGAUCAGGCGCACCCACGCCAUGGCCCAAGACAUCGACCAGGAUCUAUCCAGGGGGGAAAAGCUGCUAGGGGAUCUUGGAGGUUUGUUUUCCAAGACUUGGAAGCCCAAGAAGAAUGGCGCAAUCAAGGGUCCUAUGCUAACCAGAGACGAUUCCUUCAUACGCAAGGGCAACCAUUUGGAGCAAAGGCAAAAUUUGGGGCUGACAGGUCGUCCACGUCGGUCCAAAUCACGAGAAGCCCUUUCUGAACCUACCACAGGGCUCCAGAAAGUUGAGGUGGAGAAGGCAAAGCAGGACGAUGCCCUAUCUGAUCUCAGCGACAUACUGACGGAGCUGAAAGGCAUGGCCGUUGACAUGGGAUCUGAGAUUGGCAGGCAAACAAGCGACUUGGGUCAUGCAGAGAAGGACUUCGACGAACUUAACUAUAGGGUCAAGGGGGCAAACACUCGAACCCGCCGUCUGCUUGGGAGAUAAAUGAAAAUUGUGUUUUUACUGGAGGAUUCCUAUGACACUUUCUUUAUCAUCCGUAGUUCGUUUUGUGGGUCGUUAUUUCAGGCCAUUUUGUGCAUACUCUGAUCAAUAUGGUUUUGGUUGGGAAAGAUGACCAAGGAAUUAUUGAGUUUAUUCUGGAAUGACAAUAUACCGUAACUGUUAUUGUGUGUA